AUGUACGAGGAAAAGAAAGCGUGCGUUGCUACGCACGAAGUUUUGGUAGUGACGUAUGCCUUGGAUAAAAAAGGACGUUCAAUCCCUAAGCAUGCAUCCCUGAUCAGUCCACAAAGACGAGUUUGUUGCCUGCUAAUAGCUGUAGAGGAAUUCAUUUGCUUCCAGCGAUGGCCGAGCCAAGCUUGCCAUAAGCUCGUGUUGUCCGCUUGUUGUCUGAGUUCCGGUGUAGUUUCCCGAAGCUGUGCCGGAAAGGAAAUUGUGGGAAGUAAGGGUGUCGCACACGAAAGCGAUCGGACCCAAACGAUGGAAUCUGCCAGAAAUGAGCAAAGUAACAACAACAACAGCGCCAGCGGCCAUGUGGCUUUGCUUGGGGAUACAGAGCAGCAUCUCGGCCGGACAAUGGUUGCUUCUGAUGUCUUGGGACCUCAGCAUCUUACUGGCCAGCAGUCGGUGACGUCUGAGGGCGGCGAUAGCAGUAGCACCAUUGACUUCCUUGGUACACGCAGUGCACCUCAGCAUCAGUUACCGUUGCCUGCACAUCAUACAAUACCAACCAUUCCUGAGGAUAGAGCUGCAACAGGCCUUGCACAGCAUCCGUCAUCUGACAAGCAGAACGAUGGGUGCUCGCCGGAUCCACAUUCUUCGGCAACCACAACUGGUACAACGUCGACUCCUACAAGCAUCGGAAAUUCCUCGUCGCCGUCGCCAUGUGAUUCAUCAGGACCAGUAGGGAAGUCGGGAUCAGCACCUGACUUCCCUUCCGAAUCACUGGGGACUGACCGGGGUAUGCACGGUCAGGGCCACUGGCCAACAUCGUUAGGCGAGGGAGUCAUGGCACCAAGGUACGGACCCCCAGCAACACCAGAUCAUUCUCAGUUCAAUGUGUCGCCCCCGGAGAAUCAACGCUACAGCUCUGGGGGUUUCCCUUGUGCCAUCAAGCUGCUUGUUUCAAACAAUGUCGCCGGCUCCAUCAUCGGGAGAGCAGGUCAGACCAUCAGUGACCUCCAAGCCCAAUCAUCCACAAGGAUAAAGCUGAGCCAGACGGGUGACUACUACCCGGGAUCACAAGACAGGGUCUGUCUUGUUCAAGGUCAACUGGAGAAUGUCAAGGGCGCCGUGGGUCUUCUGCUUGAGCGACUGUACAUGCUUCAGGAACACCAGCACUCGCAGCACAUGGCUUGGCAGUCAAACAGAAGCGAAGGUGGUCCGCCGUUUGACUUUGUUGUUCGCAUCCUCGUCCCGAGUUCAAGUUGUGGCAUGAUAAUUGGCAAAUCUGGCGCUAACAUUCGCCAGAUGGAAGAGGCAUCCGGAGUGGCAUCGGUGCGGCUCUCCCCAAAAGACAUCGUGGAUCCAAAUUAUCCUUCUGCGACCAUUACCUCUGCAACCUCGGAGAGAGUCGUGACUCUCACCGGGCCAACCCUCGAGUGCUGUUUGAAUUGCCUCUUCAUCAUUUUGGAUGGGAUGACAACGCAUCCCGACAUCUGUCGCUAUACAAACAUGACAACGAGCUAUUCUCGCAUUAUGCCACCAGAUCCGUUUGCAGUUGGUCAACCGACUAUGCGUCCUGGUUCUGUUGACCCUGUUCUGGGAGCAGAAGCAGGGCUCUGGGAUUCACGUUAUGCACCGCCACCGCAACCUGGUGGCAUGGGUAAACGAGUGGGGUCUGCGCCCGAUCUUGCGGGAUCAUUUCUUGGCCACCGCUCGAUGCCCAUGGAACCGAGACAGGCGCAAGUCGGGGCCCAUGGAAACAGAGAAAGCUUGCAGUACAGUCCUAUGUUUGGUGGUGGGCCAUCGUCCUCUUAUUCCCCGAUACGGCAGCCUGUGCAACCAAGGAUGCCGCCACAGACUUCCGGGCAACCCAUGUACCUGAACCAGCCACCCAUGGAACACCCAGUGUCGGUGGCUUCGGUUCCAAGCAGCGUCUCGGCGCCUGACCUGUUGGCUCUUCAGAUCGGCCAAAUGGAGCUUCAAUCGUCCCCCGGUGGGCCUCAGACACGCUCUCCGCCUCACGUUGCCCACCCCGAAUACCCUUUGUUUCCCCAGCACCAAGGCGCGGGUCCAGCGCAGCAAGGCUUUUCAGCGCAGCUCUUUGUUCCGGACAAUAUGAUCGGUUCCAUCUUGGGAAGAGGCGGAAAGACGCUCAAUGACCUCCAAGCCCAGUCCGGAACUCGCAUACGGAUAAGUCAACGUGGCGAGUACAUGCCAGGCACCCGCAACCGUCUGGUGACUAUUCGAGGAGCCACGCCGGAGAAUGUCAACAUGGCGCAGUACUUGAUGAGUCAACGAAUGAUACUCCCAAGAACCGCUACAUAUCAACCUGUACCGAUCAGUCAAGCGCCUCCAGUUCCUGCUGGUUACGCUGGAGACGACCAAACUGGCUCCGGUGUAGCUUAUGAACAUCUGUUCCACCCACAUCACGCCGUCGACCCUCAUGCACCACCACCACCCUCACUUCACCCACCACACCCCUCACAGCAAUCGCUCCAGGGGCCACUUCCUUCGACGGGAGCUCCGGCUCCCUCAAGCUCUGGCACUGAUCACUCAACUGCUACGUGA